AUGGUGGUCACAGAGGAAGUGUUCUCCUUUGUGAAGACCUCCAACAAGACCUGGAUGAGCGGGGAGGGAAGCUUUGUGGCAGAGGAGUCGGAGAACUACUUUAACGUCACCUUCUGCUACUAUGAAGCUUAUGAUAUCUCCAAUGAUGUAUAUAAAUGUGGUGGCAUCAUGAACCACACUGGCGAGAUUAUCUCCCCUGCCUACCCCUUCUACUAUGGAGAGAACAUUAACUGUACAUGGACUGUGGGACUUGGGAAAGGAACAUUUGUCAGCCUUGACCUUGUUGAUAUAGAUCUCGCAUUAAAAGAAGAGCACUAUGAAGCAUCUGCAUAUUUUGACUGCGAGGACACGCUGACAAUUUACGAUCGGUACAGAAGCGGCGACCAUGUCAUUGCAUCAGUGAAAGGUCAUUCGUUUGAAACCCUGGAGGAACCACGCUAUCUGUCCUCUUCGUACGAGGUCGAGAUCAACUUGAUAGCUUGUCCCAGAAUAAAAGAAACAAAUGCUCGAGGUUUUACUAUCAAAGUGGAUGCAACCGAUUGUGGCAGUUGUGGCCAGGGUGAGUCCAGCUGCUCCAGACAGGCCCUGUGUUCUCACCAGUGUGGCUACAUCUCCAGUGCUGCCUUCCCCAACUUUUACCCGGUUUCGGCCAGUUGUAAUUGGAGAAUACAGGGCCAGCUGGGCCAGUACGUCACUGUGACCUUUGACAUGAUUGACGUCAUAGCUGUUGGAGAAUGUGAGGGAGACUACGUCAGUCUCUAUGACCUUGACCUUGCAAAAAAGAAAACAUUGAUUGGAAAGUUUUGUAAAAGUAAAAGACCGAUUGGUGAAAUACAGAGCAGUUGGCAGAUGAUGGAUGUGGAGUUUUAUUCUGACUUUGACACUGCUGGGAGAGGAUUCCUACUCAAGUAUGCUGGGGAUUCUGAUGGAGCACCCCAGCCGGACGGGUUCGAGAGAGAGGCGUGCACCAUGAUGGUCAUCUCUAACAUCAGAUCCACCGCCAACUGGCACGACGUGGCCUGCGCCUUCAACAAAAUCUCUCAUUUUUAA